AUGUCGCUGCUCGACCUGCCCCCAGAGCUCCUCGGCAUGGUUGCAUGCCACCUCCACAGCCUGGCCACCAUUUCCGCCUUGAUGAAGACCAGCCGAUGGCUUCACCAAUUCCUGCAGCAAGGCGGAUUUCUCUACGACCGAGUCCCUGCCAAUCGACGCGAUACGGUGUUAAGGAUAGCAUGCGCGGAAGGAACAAAGAAGCUGGCGCAUGCCAUGCUGUCGCGAGGGGCGAACCCGACGGCAGAAGCUCGUCACGGCCAGAACCCCGAGGAGCCGCGUAGUUCGAUCGAGUAUGCGGCAGACAGGGGCCAUGCAGACAUCAUUGAGAUGAUACUUGAUCACGACACUCAGAUCUUUCUCGCCGAUGCACCCUCUUAUACCUUGAAACGUGCAUUCGACCGGGCCAUUGUCAAGGGACAAGCACAAGUGGUUAGGGUUAUUCUAGACCAGUCCAAAAAGGCCACCUCAGAGACUGCCCGGGGACAGAAGUCGGCGCAAUUCACCUCCCAAUUGUUGGACCACGGCCUCAAUUUCGCUUUCCGAGAUGCGCAGGAAGAGGUCGUCGAGGCACUCUUGGCCGAUGAUCGCGUUCGUUUGAUCGAGUGGAAUUUACCCGCAGCGGCCACAGGUGGAAAUGAAAGGCUCGUGCGACGAUGCCUGGCGGGACUGCCUCACAAUAUGGCCAAUUAUGCGGCCAGCAUGGAAAAGGCCGCGAGUUGUGGAAAUGCUGGGGCGCUCAAGGCGAUUUUGGAGGUGGAGGGGGUCGAUCCAAACACCACCGUUGGAUACUCCCAACCCCCCUUACUGGUUGCUGUGAAGAAUGGCCAUGAGAAUAUUGUACAGACCCUACUGGAAAGAUCGGACGUGCAGCCCGAACUAAAAGAUUCGCUUGGCUGGACGCCGUUUGCCAUCGCCGCCCGGAAGGGGUACCGGGGUAUCAUGGAAAUACUAUGGAAAUCAGGCCGAGUGGACAUCGGCUGGACCUCCAUCAUUGGCCAAACCCCUCUGUCCCUGGCAGCAGAGGCCGGUCAUGGAGACGUCGUCGAUUUCCUCCUGUCACUCAAGGGUGUCGAUGUGGACUCCCCCAACCCACAGGGACGGACGCCGUUGUCGCUGGCGGCCGGGGCUGGCGCGGCGCGUGUGGUGAAGACGCUCUUGGAAACUGGCCGAGUGGACCCUAAUUCUCGAGAUUGUGAUGGACAGACGCCAUUGGCAUGGGCGGUCAUGCAGGGAUUUCCCAUGAGGACAUCCGGUCAUGGCCAACGAAACGCGCAACUUGCACGAGAGGAGAAGCAAAUCCUCGCCCUUUUGAAAGACCCGAGCGGCGCAGAACUCGAGCCUCCCACCAAUAGCCAUUCCAAAGACCCGGAUAAUCGGCGGAGGGAGGAAGCCACUGAGCGAGGCAUGGCUGUAUUGAACCACCUUCUGGCACGGGAGGAGGUUUUUCCAGAUUCGCGAGAUAACCAGGGCCACACCCCCCUGUCUUACGCUGUAAGAUAUCGACAUGUCGAAGCUGCACGUCUGCUCCUGGCGACGGGGAAAGUAAACUUGCACAACAAAGAUAGCAGCGGUCGAACACCGUCCGACUGGAUUACCAAGCGCUGA